AUGGAGGGGUUGUCGAAGGCGAAGGUGUUGCCGGCGUUGGAGAAGGUGAUGACGGCGGCUUCGGUGCCGCACAAGUUGCAGAGCUCGCCGGUCUUCUUGAAGAGGCCAUCUGUGGAAAGGAAAAGAGUGGGGAAGAGACUGAACAAUUGGGUCUCCAUGUUAUAUAAUUUGAGUCUGAACCAUUGUGAUGAAAACUUCAACUGGUACACACCAAUAGUCCCCACACGCAUACAUAACAGUACUGUCAGCUGCAACUGCUCUUCUGCUGAUGAAUGUCACAUCAGUGCCAUAAUUCUCAAAGGGCAGGAUCUUUCUGGUGUCCUACCACGAUCGAUAGUGAAGUUACCCUACCUUAAAAUUAUUGAUUUAUCUCGCAACUAUCUCAGUGGUCCUCUUCCCCGUGAAUGGGCUUCUACCAAGUUGGAAUUAAUGUCUCUUUCUAUAAAUCGCAUAUCAGGAACAAUUCCAAAGUUUUUCGGAAGGAUUACCAGUCUCACCUAUGUGAGCUUCGAAAGCAACAUGUUUGAUGGAACUGUUCCAGCAGAGCUCGGGAAUUUGGUCCACUUAUGCUGUGUUUGGUUGAGGAAUUUGAAGAGGGAUUUGGAAAGAGAAAUUUUCAACAAAUUGUGCAAUUCAUCACAAAUUUAUAUGUUUAUGUUGGCUACCCCCUUUGGGCACUGUAGCAAUUUUAACUCUAACAAUCUCACUGGGGAGCUGCCAAAGGAGUUCAGUAAUCUGAUAAAUUUGAGAGAACUUAGGUUGAGCAGUAACAAUUUCAAUGGAAAGUUACCCAGUUUCCAGAGUUGCAAACAACUUGGAAUACUAGAGCUUGAAGCAAGUGGGUUUGAAGGGCCUAUACCUUCUGGCAUUUCUCUCUUGCAUAAUUUAACUGAAAUAAGGAUUACAGACUUGAAUGGAGGGGCUUCAGAAUUUCCACAUCUAGAAAACAUGAAAGCCUCGACAAAAUUGACGUUAAGGAACUGCAACAUAUCCGGACCAAUCUCAGUCUAUCUAGCAAAUUUGUCUUUAACACUACUGGACCUAAGCUUCAACAGGUUGGAAGGACAUAUCCCUGACUUUGAAGGAGCCACAUAUUUGCAAACCAUGUAUCUGACGGGGAAUUUGCUUAAUGGAAGUAUUCCAGUAUGGUUGACGAGCAGAGAUCAUAAAUACCUAAUAGACCUUUCGUACAACUUUUCUGUGCAAUAUGUGCCUUCUUGUAAAGAAACCCUUAACUUGUUCAGAAGCUUCUCCGGAGGAAACUUGGAAAUUAACGACUGCUUUAAGUACUUGCCUUGUCCAAAACAAGAUGGGUAUUCUUUGCAUAUAAAUUGUGGUGGAGGACAAACCAAAAUUGGAAACACUAUGUAUGUAGCAGAUGAAUCGCAGGGAGGUCCAACGACAUUGCAAGCAGCAGGAAAUUGGGGAUUUAGUAGCACUGGACAUUUCUGGGAUGUCAAUGCAAAUGCAGCGUACUAUCAGACCAAAAAUGUUUCUGUUCUUACAAUGAAUGAGUAUCAAUUGUACACAAGUGCUCGCCUCUCUCCUCUGUCUCUUACUUAUUAUGGGUGUUGCUUAGUGUACGGGGAGCAAAUAUUCCGGCGAGCCCGUACUCCUUUCUUCCGAGCUCCGUCUCUGUCCGAUCACCUGCGAGCCAAUAAGGGUGAGCUACCCGGCGGUGUGUGGCCGGAAAACCCUCGCCGAGCAGUUUCUGUCCGGUCCGGGGUGGCGCACAGCCCGAACUCUGCCCGGCCCAAGUUCUGGCAGUCCUCUGGGCGAACAGUCGAUCAUCUCGGCCCAAUGUACUGCUGGGCUUUCAACCUGCCCGGUCGAUAUCUCGGCCCAACUCUAGGUCAUGAAUCACCCUCUCACUUAGUAUAUGGGAACGACACGGUGACCCUUCAUUUUGCUGAGAUAGUUUUCAGAGACAAUCGAUCCUAUCAGAGUCUUGGUGGACGAAUAUUCAAUGUUUACAUCCAGGAUGAACUGGUUUUGAAGGAUUUUGAUAUUGAAACUGUUGCACAAGGGGUUGACAAGGCUGUAGUUCUAAAAUUUAACAACACAGUUGUUAAGAAUAAGACCAUGGAGAUUCGCUUUUACUGGGCAGGGAAAGGGACAAGAGUUGUUCCUGAUCGAGGAAUUUAUGGUCCUCUCAUAUCAGCUAUUUCUAUAGAAUCCAAUUCCAAGCCUCAUUCUGAUCAGAGAAAGAAGAUAGUCAUUGUAAUUGGAGCUGUAACUUUUUCAUUAUGCCUGGUGUUCACGAUUCUAUUUAUCUUUUGGCGGAGAGGCCAUUCAGAAAGCAUUGCUUCAAGGGAACAAGAACUAAGAGGAUUAGAUUUGCAAACUGGUUUAUUUACCUUCAGACAAAUUAAAGCUGCCACUAACAACUUUGACAAUAACAACAAAAUUGGGGAAGGAGGUUUUGGAUCUGUCUACAAGGGUGUAUUAUUAGAUGGUACUGUAAUUGCAGUUAAGCAACUUUCUUCCAAAUCAAAGCAAGGAAAUCGUGAAUUUGUUAAUGAGAUUGGUAUGAUCUCUGGUUUACAGCAUCCAAAUCUUGUAAGAUUGUACGGAUAUUGCAUUGAAGGGAAUCAACUACUAUUGGUGUAUGAAUACAUGGAAAAUAAUAGCCUUGCACGAGCUCUAUUUGGUCCACAGGAAUGGCAAUUGAAUUUGGGUUGGCCUACCAGGCUAAAAAUUUGUAUUGGCAUAGCAAGAGGUUUGGCAUUCCCCCUGCACGAGGAAUCAAGACUGAAAAUUGUUCAUAGGGACAUCAAGGCUACCAAUGUACUACUUGAUGGGGAUCUUAACCCUAAGAUCUCUGACUUUGGUCUGGCUAAGCUUUCUGAAGAUGACAACACCCACAUUAGCACCAGGGUUGCUGGAACUAUAGGGUACAUGGCCCCAGAAUAUGCGUUAUGGGGUUAUUUAACCAACAAAGCAGAUGUUUAUAGUUUUGGGAUUGUUGCAUUGGAAAUUGCUGCUGGAAAGGACAAUAUGAAAUUUCGUCCUAGUGAUAAAUACGUCUGUCUGCUUGAUUGGGCCCUUGUUUUGCAACAAAAGGGUUUAAUGGAGUUGGUGGUUCCAAAGUUGGGUCCUGAUUUCGACAAGGAAGAGGCAAUAAAAAUGAUCAAGAUAGCAUUAUUAUGCACUAAUCCAUCUCCGGCAAUUAGGCCUGCCAUGUCUGCAGUAGUAAGCAUGCUUGAAGGUCAUCUUGACAUUCAGGACUUAGUCAUGGAUCCAAGUAUCUAUGGUGAUGAAUACAGGUUCAGAUCCCUCAAAGGCAAGUACGAUGAGCUGCAACUGCAGAGUUCGAAUGAAGCUCAGACCCUUACUGAUUCGAUGGUCACGACAGAAAUUGGAUCUUCCUCUACAUCUACCAAUGAUCUUUAUCAAAUCAAUUGUCAUUCUGUGUAAUGCUGCCAGCAUGAGGAUGUGUCUUGGUGGGUUCAUUAUAUUUUCUGCAAUGCCUUCAUUAGCAUUUUUUUAUAAAAUUUUUAGAAGUAAUAGUAUGCAUUGACUAUUGCUUUCAAAUGUAUGAAAAGUGCUUUUAAGAUGCUUAUCAAAUAGUGCUUUAGAUGUGUAUGCAGCCUUCAUGUUUUACCUGCUCACAUUUGGCCUACUAUAGCUUAAUAUCGUUUUUCCUCUAUUUGUUUGGCAAAUUAUACUUUGUCCCUUAAAUACAAUCAUUUUGUCAAUUUGAUUGUUAAACUCGAAGUUUUAUUUAUUUA